AUGGCGAACGCGCAAGUACACGCGUUAGGAUGGUUGGUGCAAAUAAAGGAGGAAAGUGAGCGUGUUCGGAAGCGACUGGGGCGGAAUGCGAGUGUGGUGCAGCAGGAUAAGAAGCGGUUGGUGGGAGUGGGAAUAGAUACAGAUAUGGACAUGGACAUGUCACCACACACACACCUACACACAGACAGAUACACAGACAUAUACACCAACACGCCGCUCACUCCACUAGCACAGGCACGCGACAAGCAUCUUGCAGCCACGACAGCGCGCCCAUUCCACGCGGCAGACACACGCAAGCUCGUCCAGCUCGUGCGUCUCGAAGGCGGGCUAGCGCUGAGUCUGAACGCGGGAAAUAGUCCGAGUCUAAAUGCACCCGAGAUUGACGCGCGCAUUCACCACUCACACGUCGACUGGCUCAGAGUGGCAGAAGGGUUCAACCUUAACAGAUCUCCGAUCGAGUGCUGGAUCCGCUGGGUAAAUGUGGAUAACCCCCGGCUGGAUAACGGCGCCUUGAGCGGUGCGGAUGUCGAUAGGCUGCGCGGGUGCUACGAGAGGCAGAAACGUACACACAGUACACAAAUCCCGCUCCACAGCUACACCUUCUGGUCUGCUGUCGCCGAUGACUUCUCCUCCCCACUCUCCCAACGUUCCCCCCACUUCUGCAUGAAACAGAUGGGUAUCCUUUUCGCAGCGCAUAUACAGGACAAUACUAGACGCAGGAAACGUCGGCGUUAA